CUGGCCGCGCACUGAACGCCUGCGACGGUCACCCGCAUGACCGUCUGUAUACCUCUCGAGGCGGCCUCGCCGAUACCACAGACGCCCUCUUUCUUGGUGCCGCCGUCUGAUCCUGAAAACCAGCUGGGUAAAUUGCUCAAGGCAAUUUUGAAGGCGAAGCGGAUCGCUGUUGUAUGCGGUGCUGGGAUAUCGGUGCAUGCUGGCAUACCAGAUUUUCGUUCUCCGGAAGGUCUUUUCCAGACGCUGAAAAAAGAGAAUCCAAAGGAAUCGUUGUCGUCAGGGAGGGACUUGUUCGAUGCGUCGGUGUUCAAUUCCGAAAGCACCACAUCCCUGUUCUGCCAAAUGAUCGCCCACCUCUCCGAGUUGUCACAAACAGCCGUGCCGACCCCUUUCCACAACCUCCUGCGUACCCUGGAUGACCGCGGACGGUUGCUGCGGGUCUACACGCAGAACAUCGACGCCUUGGAGUCCAAGUGCGGGCUGUCCCUCGGCGUCCCGGACUACGAAGACCGCCGAGGGAACGCUUGGUCCCCCAAGUCCUCUGGCAAGGCAAAGGCCACCUCGCAGUCGUCCUCUUCGCUGCCCGUUCACUCUCCAGGUGUGCGCCUCCUCUCGCCACCUGCCGAGACACCGCGCUGCAUACCCUUGCACGGCACCCUGCAGCGCGUGCACUGCCAGACCUGCCACCACUCCUUCCCGCUCGAAGACCAUCUCUCCUCGCUGUCCUCGGGGCAGCCGCCGGCCUGUCCAGAAUGCGCCUCCCAGGAGGAGACGCGGCAGCUCGUGGGCAAGCGCUCCCGCGGGGUAGGCAAGCUGCGCCCGAGUGUCGUGUUGUACAACGAGGACCACCGGGAAGGCGAGGGCGUCGGCGAGGUCGUCCGGAAGGAUCUGAUGGGGAGCAAUAAAGGGAAGGGCAGGGCGGGGGCGGAUUUGUUGCUGGUGGUGGGUACGAGCCUUAGGGUACCUGGGACGAAGCGCAUUGUGCGCGAGUUUGCGAAGGCGGUGCGGGCUCGGAACUCGUGUGCGUCGAGCAAGGACACCGGAUUGCUGACUCCAUCCUCGACUCCGCCGAGGCGGGCGUGUGCCGCAGACGAAGAGGUGCCGAUGAAGUCGAUAUAUCUGAACCUUGACUUCCCGGUGCCAACACGGGAGUGGGAAGGUGUCUUUGACGUCUGGGUGAAGGGAGAUGCACAGUCUUUCGCUCAGAUGCUGGACGAAGAGAUUGGGAAGGAAGAUAAGGCCAGGGAAGCUGCUGCGGAGAGGAAGCGAAAGAGGGAUGCGAAGUCUGCCAGGAAGGACGGGCUGGAGAUCGUCGACGCUGAAGACGAACCAAUUCCAGUCAAGAGGCGGAAAUGGAGUGGUGCCUCUCAUAGCUCCAAGAAGAAAGCCAAGCCGACCCCGACCAAGUCCUCCACCGGCAAGCGUAUAACCACUGGAGUAGUCAAGAAAUCCCUCAAGGACUCCCUCGUCACAACCAAGAGAUCUGAGGGUGCAGAUGUUACUCCCUUCACAAUCAAAAUUCCCCCUCGUAUCAAGCAACCACCAGUACCGGAAGUAUGUAUCACAACACCGGUCCCCAGAGGCAAGAAUAAACAUACACAGCUACUAUCACCAUCUCCGUCACCGCCGGUGGGCCGUGCGGCGUCCCAUCCCAAGAGUCCCAGCAAGCAGAAAAGGUUUACCGUCUCCAAACGGAAGGCCUCAGUCUUGGGCACGCCGAACAGCGGGCCGCGCGAUGCACAUGCAGAUGACUCUGACCAGGAUGAUUCUAAUGAACUGUCCGAUGCACUCUUACGGACUGUUCAGUAUGGUCUGCGACGACCUGGCGGAUAGCCGAUCGCGCGCGGUCGGACUGGACUAUCGUAUUUAUCCAAUAAUUUGUAUGCAUACUGUAUCAGCUCUGCGACGUCCGGACUGUAUGCUUGUAGGUCGCUAAUGUUCCAUGCGGUUUCAUCCAGACAGUCCGAUAUGUGUCACAGCGGGCAAGGAGGCAGUUAUACUAUAGGCG